AACUUUUCAGGCCGUGGUUGGGGCUUUGGGGUUCAGCAAGUCGCAAGUGCCAUAAACGACUCGACUGCCUAUCUGCCUCUUAUCCAGAGCUCGUAAUAGACUCUCCCAUACAACUCCCGUCUAUAACACGGUAUGAUGUUGUCGGCGGCAGCACGGCCGGCGGUGAACUGUAUUCUUGAAUCGCCGGCUUCUUCAUUUUCUUCUCACAAACCCUUUCUGCCAAACAAACUCUUCUUUCCCCAACCACCAACUGCCGCUUCUCAACCAUCCCUUCUCUCAAGAAAGCUCUACGUCUCCGCAUCUUCAUCCGCCGCUGUUGAUGCUCUAUCCCAAGAAACCUCCGCAAAGGGUUCGUUCUCUUCAACUCCCCUUCACAAGGAGAAGCUUGGAGUGGUGGUAAAGCCAAUGGAGAAACCUAGACUAGUUUUGAAGUUCAUAUGGUUGGAGAAGAACAUUGGGAUUUCACUGGACCAAGUGAUACCCGGGCAUGGCACAAUCCCUAUAAGCCCUUACUAUUUUUGGCCUAGGAAAGAUGCCUGGGAGGAGCUAAAGGUGAUGCUGGAGAGUAAGCCUUGGAUAUCCCAGAAACAGAUGGUUAUUCUGCUUAAUCAGGCCACUGAUAUUAUCAAUCUAUGGCAACAGAGUGGUGGCAACUUUGCAUAAUCUUAGCUUUUCUUGUGCAGCUACUAGGUAUAGUUUUCGCUGUAAUCCCCCAUUUUGUGAGGCCAUCAUUGUGCUCAAUCUGACAUUUGUAAUACCCUUGUAGAUGUUGUUUUGAUGUUUCAGUGAGAGAAGGAUGUUUCGUUUUAUCAAAGUUGCAAAUUUUAUUCGGUUUGAGUUUUUAAGACAUUUGAAUUGAACAGUAUGUUUUGUCAUAAUUUCAAGAAUCUAUGCAACAGUAUCUGGUGUCUCGAGUGAUCCCUUUUAACCGAUUUUGGUUACAUUA